UUGCAAGAGUGGUUUGACAGCGAACAAGAAGUGUCUGAGCUCAGAGGGUGAGGCUCAAUCUUUGGAAUACUGCUCUAUAUAGAAAACAAAUUUCCUGAAAGAUUUCAAACCCAAGUGGUAUGCUACUUUGGAAUAUCAUUUCAUCCAUUUUUAUGGCCGAAUUUAGUAAAAUUCGAAGACAUCUGCAACAACGACAUAGAAUCCCAGUUGAAGAAACUUAAGUGGACUUGGAAAAAAAUCUAUUUUACAAAACAAGUGUGACUGUUCUACUCAGUGAAAAAGAACAUGGUUGGAAUCAAGCCUAAAGAUCUUGCUCCCUCAGCCACUGUAAAGUUCUUCGGUGCAGGAACAGCAGCCUGCAUUGCUGAUUUAAUGACUUUUCCCCUUGACACUGCCAAAGUCAGGCUUCAGAUCCAGGGCGAGUCCAAACCUGCUGAAGGUGCAGCAGGGGUGAAAUAUCGGGGAGUGUUUGGCACUAUUACCACAAUGGUGCGCACAGAGGGGCCGCGGAGCCUUUACAAUGGCCUGGUGGCUGGACUGCAGAGGCAGAUGAGCUUCGCUUCAGUCCGCAUCGGCCUUUAUGACUCUACGAAGCAGUUCUACACUCGAGGAUCUGACAAUGCAGGCAUUGUGAGUAAACUGCUAGCCGGCUGCACUACUGGGGCCAUGGCUGUGGCAUUUGCACAGCCCACAGAUGUAGUAAAAGUACGUUUCCAGGCCCAAGGCCUUCAAGCCGAUGGAGUAAAGCGUUACAGUGGCACCAUGAAUGCCUACAAGACCAUCGCUCAUGAUGAAGGCAUCAGAGGGCUGUGGAAAGGUUGCAUGCCAAAUAUCACAAGAAACGCUAUUGUGAACUGUGCAGAGCUGGUAACCUAUGACAUCAUCAAAGAACUUAUACUAAAGUAUAAUCUCAUGACAGAUAACAUGCCAUGCCACUUCACGGCUGCAUUUGGAGCUGGUUUCUGCACUACCAUUGUAGCCUCUCCGGUCGACGUGGUGAAGACUCGCUUUAUGAACUCUACUGCUAGCCAGUACAGCAGUGCCAUCAACUGUGCCCUUUCCAUGCUUACCAAGGAAGGGCCGACUGCCUUUUACAAAGGGUUCAUGCCCUCGUUUCUUCGCCUUGGGUCCUGGAACAUUGUAAUGUUUGUCUCCUAUGAACAAAUAAAAAGAGCCAUGACAAGAGUUCAGCAGUCAUGGGAGGCACCGUUUUGAGUGCUUCCUUUCAAGGCGACAAAACAAAGAUCUCGUCAUGUCCUGUUAACUAUUUCACUUUAAACCAGACGACUGCAUCAGAACCCUGUAUGGCGGUGGAGAAGACACAAAUGAGAUGUAAAAAAAAACUUGAAAAAACUGAAAAAAGAUUGCCUUUCAUUAAAGGACAUUGCACCCUCUAUACAAAUAUUGGGAGAUUAUCCUGUGGAAAAGGCCAAGUACAGUUUGGAACUAUCCAAACAAGAUAGCAAAUUUUCCCUUUACAGCAUCCACAUGUUCUUGUCUUCUCUGUAGAGUUUGCACAUAUAUGUUUUGUUUUGUUUGGGCAUUUGUCUGCAUAGGUUUUUCAGGAAAAUGAAGCUUAAUGAAAUGUUUACAGGAUUGUUUACAAGUGCCACACAUUUUGGGUCCAUAGAUUGGGGAUUGUAUGUAAUUUAUCAACAGACAGAUUUUCUCCCUAUAUGAAAAUUGUUAUGAUUUUUUGUACAAUUUGUAUUUCUCUUAAUAAAAUUUAUAACUUUA